AUGCUACUACAAGUAUAUAAAAGCUAUCGAGUACUGAAUACAGUUACAGGACCAGAUUACAAAUUCUUUGAGUGCUUUUGUUCGCCAUUACCUUGUGGAAAUAAAAUUCUUGUGAAAAAGCUCGAAAUUAUUAUUCGAAAUGUUUUCCCACACGUUACGAAUUUUACCAUCCGUGCGGGACUAUUUUCGACAGUUUUGCAAUACACUGACAAAUUUGAAUCCACUUUGUUGAUGCCGAAACUUCGUUUUCUUCAUGUAGUAAUAGGCGAUAGAUAUGGUAGCCUGACUAACAAUCAUGUAUUUACCAAUUUUAUAUUAGCUCGAAGAUUUGCAAGUGGAUUGAAAUCUGUAGAACUGUCGGUGACGUUGUCACCAGAUAGCGACCAGCUUAUAGCAUGCUGUAGUUUUCGAAAGCUUAUUCGCUUCCUAAUGGAAAUAGCGGAAAAGGACUGUAUGAUCUAUAACCAUUUGCCAUGUGGUCUUUAUGUCUUAAAGAUAAAAUCAAACGAUCACAAAGAUGGUUUAACCCGUCAGGAUUAUCGUCUUAUCGAAUUAUCGCCUUCAUAA